GUUGGAUCAAUUUGAGGUUUGUUCUUCAAUAUUGCAAGAGCUCAAAUCAAAUGAGUGAAAGAUCAAGCUUUUUUUGCUUUUGCUUUUCCAACAAAAAGAAGAGAAAGGGUGACGAUGAUGUUUCUGGGCUUGAUAUCAAAGGCAGCAACAGUGCUGAGUGGGGAAAGAAUGAAGAGAUGUUGUCAGAUAUGAGCACGUUUUCAGUGAAAGAACAAGAGCGGAGAUUGAAGGUGGCGAUGGCAGAAGAAGAGAAAGUCGUGCAGGAAGCGGAGAGGGUGGUCAACUGGGUGAAGCAAGCAUCAGCAAGGUUGGAUGUUUCUACAAUCAAUAAAAUUCUAAAGGAAGAAGGUAAUCAACCCACCAAGUGAUGAUAAGUUAGACCUUAGUAAUCCAAACAAGUGCAAGUUGUUCGGUUUUAGACAGUUGAACAAAUUUAAGUUUUUCAAUUGUAGUUUGUCGAACAAUUCGAUUGUAGUUUGUUGAACAGAUGUAAGUACACAAAUGGUGUGUAUCAUAAUUUGUCCUCU